AUGGGGACGGGAAAUAGGUUCUGUGUGCUCUCCCGGGGUAUUGUGUCAGGAGAUGCGGGCUGGCUACCAUGUGACGCGGUCCAGAGCUGAAGGGAUUGGCCGAGGCGGCGCAGGCGGUGCAGCUCGGCCGGCUGGCCGUUCCUCUCCCUUUCUCUCGCAGCAUCUUCCUGGGAGCCUGUAGGUGAAGCAGCACCAGCAGCAUCCAUGGCCUAUCUUUGGGGUUAACACUGGUCUCCUUUGGCUUCAGCAGCGGACACAGCAGAUCUCUCGGCGGCAGCAGCGUUGCGAGGACUUAAGCUGAGACCUGGAAUCUUAUCCUCCUGUGUUUUUUCAGACUCUUUGGAAAUUAAGGAAUGCAAUUCUGCCACCAUGAUGGAAGGAUUGAAAAAACGUACAAGGAAGGCCUUUGGAAUACGGAAGAAAGAAAAGGACACUGAUUCUACAGGUUCACCAGAUAGAGAUGGAAUUCAGGGGAAAAAAAAGACCCAGAAGACUCAGCUUCUCCUCACCUCUUGCUUCUGGCUCAGAGCCCUCUCGUUAACUCUGUCUCAGCAGCCCAGCCCACAUGAACCACCCUACAAUAACAAAGCAGAGUGCGCGCGUGAAGGAGGAAAAAAAGUUUCGAAGAAAAGCAAUGGAGCACCAAAUGGAUUUUAUGCAGAAAUUGAUUGGGAAAGAUAUAAUUCCCCUGAGCUGGAUGAAGAAGGUUACAGCAUCAGACCUGAGGAACCCGGCUCUACCAAAGGAAAGCACUUUUAUUCUUCGAGUGAAUCGGAAGAGGAAGAAGAAUCACACAAGAAGUUUAAUAUCAAGAUUAAGCCAUUGCAAGCUAAAGACAUUCUUAAGAACGCUGCAACUGUAGAUGAACUGAAGGCAUCAGUAGGCAACAUUGCACUUUCCCCGUCACCGGUGGGUGCAAUUAAAAGGAACUUAUCCAGUGAAGAAGUAGCGAGACCCAGGCGUUCCACACCAACUCCAGAGCUCAUAAGCAAAAAACCUUCAGAGGACACCACGGCGCUUGCUCCCCUCUUUGGUCCACCAUUAGAAUCAGCUUUUGUUGAACAGAAGACAGAAGUUCUUUUAGAUCAGCCUGAGAUAUGGGGUUCAGGCCAACCAAUUAAUCCAAGCAUGGAGUCGCCAAAGUUAACAAGGCCUUUUCCCACUGGAACUCCUCCACCACUGCCUCCUAAAAAUGUACCAGCCACCCCACCCCGAACAGGCUCCCCCUUAACAGUUGGACCAGGAAAUGACCAAUCAGCCACAGAGGUCAAAAUUGAAAAGCUACCAUCCAUCAGUGAUUUGGACAGCAUUUUUGGCCCCGUGUUAUCCCCCAAGUCUGUUGCUGUUAACGCUGAAGACAAGUGGGUCCAUUUUUCUGACACAUCCCCGGAACGUGUUACUCCAGAGUUGACUCCAAGGGAAAAGGUGGUGUCCCCUCCAGCUGCCUCAGACAACCCAGCUGACUCCCCACCUCCGGGCCCCCCGGGUCCUCCUGGCCCCUCAGGACCUCCGGGUCCUCCUCGCAAUGUACCAUCGCCGCUCAAUUUAGAAGAAGUCCAGAAGAAAGUCGCUGAGCAGAACGUCAUUAAAGAUGAUUACUUAGAAACAAUCUCAUCUCCUAAAGAUUUUGGGUUGGGACAGAGAGCAACUCCGCCUCCCCCACCACCACCCACCUACAGGACUGUGGUUUCCUCCCCCGGCCCCGGCUCGGGCAGUGGUCCGGGGACCACCAGUGGUGCAUCAUCCCCUGCUCGGCCAGCCACCCCCUUGGUUCCUUGCAGCAGCACGACCCCACCUCCACCUCCUCCCCGGCCUCCAUCUCGGCCAAAGCUACCUCCAGGGAAGCCUGGAGUCGGAGAUGUGCCCCGACCUUUCAGCCCUCCCAUCCAUUCUUCCAGCCCUCCUCCGAUAGCACCCCUAGCCCGGGCUGAAAGCACUUCUUCAAUAUCAUCUACCAAUUCCUUGAGUGCGGCCACCACUCCCACAGUUGAGAAUGAACAGCCUUCCCUCGUUUGGUUUGACAGAGGAAAGUUUUAUUUGACUUUUGAAGGUUCUUCCAGGGGACCCAGCCCCCUAACCAUGGGAGCCCAGGACACCCUCCCUGUUGCAGCAGCAUUUACAGAAACGGUCAAUGCCUACUUCAAAGGAGCAGAUCCAAGCAAAUGUAUCGUGAAGAUUACUGGAGAAAUGGUGUUGUCUUUUCCUGCCGGGAUCACCAGACACUUUGCCAACAACCCAUCGCCAGCUGCUCUGACUUUUCGGGUGAUAAAUUUCAGCAGGUUAGAACACGUCCUGCCAAAUCCCCAACUUCUCUGCUGCGAUAAUACCCAAAAUGAUGCCAAUGCCAAGGAAUUCUGGGUAAACAUGCCAAAUUUGAUGACUCACCUAAAGAAAGUGUCGGAACAAAAACCCCAGGCUACAUAUUAUAAUGUGGACAUGCUCAAAUAUCAGGUGUCGGCCCAGGGCAUUCAGUCCACGCCUCUGAACUUGGCAGUGAACUGGCGAUGUGAACCAGCAAGCACCGACCUGCGCAUAGAUUACAAAUACAAUACAGAUGCAAUGACAACAGCCGUGGCCCUCAACAACGUGCAGUUCUUGGUCCCCGUGGAUGGAGGGGUAACCAAGCUCCAGGCGGUGCUCCCACCAGCAGUCUGGAAUGCUGACCAACAAAGAAUAUUGUGGAAGAUUCCUGAUAUUUCUCAGAAGUCAGAAAAUGGAGGGGUAGGUUCUUUAUUGGCAAGAUUUCAGUUAUCUGAAGGCCCAAGCAAACCUUCGCCAUUGGUUGUGCAGUUUACAAGUGAAGGAAGCACUCUUUCUGGCUGUGACAUUGAACUUGUUGGAGCAGGGUACAGAUUUUCACUCAUCAAGAAAAGGUUUGCCGCAGGAAAAUACUUGGCAGAUAACUAAUAAAGUCUUAUGCAAGGAUUUGGAGAUUCAUAUAAUGGAGAACUAUUGUAUGAGAAACAGGUUUUAAUUUUGGUUUGAUGAAAACAAACCAAAAAUCUGCACUUGGGAUAUAUCUGCUGGAAAUGUCAAUGACUUUCAGCAAUGAUUUCCCUCACAUGAUACCAUGAUGACCAGUCCUACAGUAUUUACUUCUAGGUGUAAUAUUGUUAAUGGUUUUAAAAUGUAAUUAUUGUAUUUGUAAAUUGUACUCAUUCCAGUAAGGCGGUUAGAUACUUGAGUUUUAGCAUUUUACCAUUCCUGAAAUGGAUGUAAUUUAAACUGUGGUAUGUAAAUUUAAUAGUAGUACUGUUGAAUGGCACAAUGCUUACAGAGGUAGAUUGCAUUUUGUCAAUAUAUAAAAUUUAAAUAUAAUAUCGUUAGUUGUCAUAAAGGGGGUGCCACGCACAAAGAAAAUUAAGCAGAACCAGAAAAAAAACUUCCUUUUCUUCAGUCCUUAGUAUGUUUUACUCUAGUGCUUAAUAAAAAUUCUAUCUUCAAAUGUUUAGUGGAUUAAAUUCAGAAACUAUUUCAGAAAACAAAAAAAAAAAAUUCUAAAGUUACAGCAUAUUCAAAGAAAAGCAUUAAUUGCCACUUUUUAAAAAGCUUUUUUUUCAAACUGCAAAUUUCAUAAAAAUGCAAACUGUGUAAACAGGGCCUCUUAUUUUUAUAACUUGUGUAAAAAGGGAAAGCAAUUCAUAUUUAAAGUUUAAGUAUAUGAAAUUAUAAACAAGAAUAAAGAAGAUGUUGAAAUCUUAACUACUCCCCUCCCUUCCACAGAUUACCAGAUCUGGGGACUACUGAAUAAUCAGACUAAAACCAAAAUUGUGGUUUUAAAAUUUCAAGAAUUUCCAUGAUUGAACUGGUUAACAACUUUUGCACAAUAUGUCUAGACAGAGACCCUUCCAUCCAGCAUGGAGAAUUGUACCAAGCAUCUUCCUCAUUACCCACAGGAAUCAAAACACUGACUCUAAAAAAAACAGAAAAAAAGAUUUCAGUCCCCAGUUGAAAUCCAGAAGUAGAAUUUUAAUCAUCAUUUAUAUUAUAUGGGAAGGAAAAAAUAAGCUUUAUAAUUGAAAUUCUAACCACAUUAUUGUGCAAUAAAUUUCCUUUUGGAUAAGAUUCAUUGUAUAUAACUAUAAAUCUUUGCCGUUCUUAGGGAAUCAAACAGAGAGUUAUCAAAAAUGUAUGUUAUGAUUUCAUUGUUGCAAGGUAUAAUAAAAACUGUAAUUAUUCAGUCUGGCCUCAAUAUGGGAAUUCAGGAUGGAGAAGUCCUUCUUCAGGAGUCCCAGCUGUAAAAUCUUCCUUCAUUACAAUCUGAAAACAUGAAUCUUCCUUUAAGUCAUAGAACCUAUUUUAACAUAAACUCAUUCCUGUUCUAGGUUAUACUAUUAAAUAACUAUGAUUAUUAAGUUGUUAUGUUUAUCAUUAGUUGCUAAAUUUUAUUUACAUCAUUCAUAUUUGACAAAGAACUCUAGCCCCUUAAAAUUUUAGAAUCAAAUUAAAUUUUGUAAGCUUACUUUUAAAAUGAAAUUGUGACUGGCAAUUGUUUAUAGUAGAAUUUUUUAAAUUAAUAUUUGUACUCCUCAAUCAGUGCUUGCUACCAAGAGACUGUUCAAAAUGAUCUGUUUUACCUAAGAAGAAGUCUUGCUGUGCAAACAAAUUCUCGAUUGGCUCCCCAAGCAGUCUGAUGUUGAAGUUUUUUGAACAAGUAACUAAUAUAGUUACUUAGUCACUUUAAAGAUAUUCAAUUUUAUUUUGAAAUAAAAAUAGAAAAUGAAACCUUUUAAAUCCCAUAAAACAUGGGGAAAUUUCAAACACUGGAACCAAUGGAGAGUAAGUAGCAGAAAAUUGAGAAUUAUCCAGCAUAUGAAUAUAAAAAUGUGUUUUUAAGAUAUUAAUCCAUGAGAAAACAUAUUAAAUAUUAACACAAAGCAUAUUAAAAAUAUGUAAAUAUUAUUGGUUCUCAUGUCUUGCUCAUUAUAUUUUAUUUUAUACCAUUCUAGAGGGAAUUAGUAAUUAAACACAAGGUUUUCCUUUUCAUAGAAUACUUUUGUUUAUAUUAUAAAAUGUAAUUUAAAAACAGAUUAAAUUAAUCUCUAACAUUAUUCAAAUGUCUCUAGAUACCAAAUUUGAAACUAUGAAGAUAUCCUAUGAUUCCAUAAUUGGUCUUAUGAAACAGAAUAAAAGUCAAUGAUUUCAAAAUUAUUAAUUAAUUUUGAAAUAUUAUUAUUAUUAUUGAAUAACAAGAACCUUAGUAGAGAAUAUAUCCCUUCUUCUUUUGGAAAAUAGGUCAAAUAACAACACAAUAAAUUCAUAUCAGGGAUUUAGAUUUUGGUGGGUUUUUUUUAACCUUGUAGUUUAUAAUCUCCUGUUAUUCUUGUAUCCAUAGUACUAUACGAUAAGAAUUAGUGUUAGGAAAAAUGAUCCUAGACAGUGAAAUUAUAAAAGAAACAUUAGGUCAGGUUCAUUAUCAAUUCCUAAAACAAAAUGUGCUAGUACAUGUUCAGAUUUUUAAUACCAAGCAUUAAAAGAAAAAGAUUUCUCAUUAGCCAGGACACCAUUUCCUGAGUGUUAUGAUUAAAAAGAUUCUGCUCUAACAAGAUAGAAAGUAUGAAUGCUUUAUUUUGCAACAUGGAAAAUGUUUUUUAAAUAAAUUUCAUAUUUUUCAUGUUAUUUUUAAAAAUAAAUUUCUGUUAAGCAUUAGUCUGAAUUUUAUCAUAAUUGGAACAUAUAGUUCCAAACAAUUUAAUUUUAAAUUGUUUUUAAAGCUCUAUUCUUCCCUACACUUACAGUCAAAAUGAAAAUUCACUGUAUAGUAUUUGGAAAUGCAUUUCACCUGUAAAGAAAGAAUGUCUACAUUUCAAAUGGUUUCAAGUGGAUACAGAGGAACCAUCCCUUCCAGAAAGUCAAAUUACAAUUGUUUUACUUUUGUUUUUAUGAAUUUUUACUUAGUGUCAAUCUGCAAAGUGUUUGAGUCCACAAUUACUCAUAUUUCCAUUUCCAAACAUUCAUUUCAAAGAAGCCUGGUAACUAUAUCAGCUCUACCACUAACUCCGUUAUAUGACCUUAGAAAAUCACAGCCCUUUUUAAUUUCUCAGCUUUAGAAUGAGGCAUUGGGAUUGCCAGUGGUUUCCAAGCUUUUCUUAACAGUCACUUUUUUCUACUGAAAUUGCACAUGAAUUCAUUUUAGCAAAAUAACUAAAAUCAAUAAAGGAGUUCUUCCAGCAGUUUAAGUCUGGCUCUCCAGAGCACUGUUUAAAUACCAUAAUAACACAACUCUGAUCUCUAAAUCUCCCACCUCAGAUGUUCCAUGGUUCUACUUGGCUAAAGAGAGAUCCACCUUUGGGGGCUUUACAAUCACAGUACUUGAUAUACAAUAAAAAUUGAUAUUCUCUUGAGUGCCAUAUACCACUCACUAUGGAUGUUAGCUCACUUAAUGUUUAUAUCAACCCCCAAAUGGUACAUACUCUUUUUAAUUAGUAUUUUACAAAUGGUGACAUUGAGUCUUAGAUUAAUAAUUUGCCCAAAGUGACAUAGCAGCUGGAAGUAACCCAGUUAUUUUGACAACAACGGGAGCAAUUGACUUGUUUGACUUAUUCAUUCUAGGAAAUGAACUCUUCUGUUUUAUUUUACUAUACAUAUUUCAUUUGAAUACCCAGGUAAAGGAGGCUAUGAAAAAUUAAUACCAAAAUAGGGAUAAUUCCCAAAGCAAAAUUGUUGGGAAAGAAUAUUUCUCAAAGCAUGAUAUGUGAACCACUUGUUUUAUCAUUUAUUUAACAAGGGCAAUGGUUUUGACUAAGGUAUCACUAUAACCCCAGAGCCUAGAAGAUAGUGGGCAUCAAUAAAUUUAUACUGAAUAAAUAAAUCUGUAGGGGUGGAGUUUAAGAAUAUGUACUUUGACAAGCACCCCAAAUUUGAGAAUCACUGCCCUAGUAGAUCUCUCAAGUACUUCUUAGUUCUGACAUUGCAGCAGAUUUUAGCCAUUCAAUUAUUACUUGAAUACCAUUUUUCUAUUGAGCAUGUUUUUUUUUCCCAUUCAGUCUAUUCAGCUUCCUCCAAUCUUGAAAGAAAACCAAGAGGUAGAGAGAUUUGUUUAGGAAAACACCCCCUUUUUUUUGGAGUUCUUUUAUUUUGUCUCAUAGUGGCCUAACAUGCAUUCUCUCAUUUUCAUUUUUCUGUCCUUUUGUCUAUGUUGUCAAAGAUUAAAAGAAGUAGGGAGGGUGCAAGCUGUCAUGAAAUCCAGAUAAAAUGUCUCCCUUCCUGCCAGGGACACAGACCUCUAACUUGAGUUAACACUAUUUAUUUUGUAGGCCUUUGAACAAUGCUUUAUCAGCAUGGACUAGUGUAAUUCCAAGAGAACUGCACCAAUCAUUUUUGUUUUUGCAUUUUUUUCCUCAAAAUUAUCACAGUCUGUCAAUUAAAGUUGAGUGAUACAGUAAAAUGUACUAAGGAGAUGAGUUUAUGGUUUGUUGGGGUUUUUUUCCUUCUUUCUUUUCUCUAAAAGAUGAUGCAUUUGAGCAAAAUCUCAUUCGAUCUAAAUAUAUUCUUUUUGCUACAUAGUUUUCUGAUCAGGAUUUUUUAAAAAUGGAAGCAUAAUUUUUUAUGAUAUCAAAACUAGGAUUAUCUCUAAAUACUGCUUUAAAAGUUAAUGUAAAAAAAAAAGUUAAUGUAAAGUCAACAUGCUAUUUCCUUAAAAUGAGUCAAAUUAAAUUGUUGAUGUGAAUGAAAAAAUCAGUCUUUGUUACACUGAUUAAAGAGACUGUUCUGGUGAACCACCCCACCUCCUUUAAUGUGUGUGCUUCUCUCUUGAGGCUUUUUUUUGUUUUCCCACUCCUUUCUUUUUCUUUUUUUUCAUUUGGCAAACAGUAGUUAAAUGCCAUUUGCUCAUUGGUGAAUCAAACAUGACUCCCAUUAUAUUACUUUUUGUCCAUUGAAUGCAUGGAGGAAAAAUGAGAUAGGAAUGCAAUGUUUAAUUCCCCAAAUAUAAAAACAAACAACAAAACCCACUAGCAUUUCUAUUUCUUUGAUAUUCUGUCAUCUGCUAUAGGCAAGAAUUGCAUUUUAAAUACAUAAUUGAAUACUAAACAUCCUUUUUGAAAGAAUGUCAAAUGUUAGGGUCUAUUGACUAACAUUGGUCAGACCUCUUACAGUUGCUCAUGUUUAAUAUCUGAUUUUUAUCCAAAAUGAGUAUUCCUAGAAGAGAAUGUCACCUCCCUGUUUGUUGACAUUCACCACAGGGAUAACAACUUAUUCUCUAAGUUUGACUUCUAAAGUUAUUUUUCCUUUGAUUUACAGUAUUUCUAAUUAUCUCCUUUAUCUCUAAGGUAGUACAUUGUCCAUUCUAAGUACAUCUUUAACCUUAUAACAAAAGAUGUUUCAGAGAAAAGCAAACUUUAUGUGUCCCUUAACUGGUAAAAAUAAUAAUAAUAAAGAAAGGAUAAUUUUACUUCAUUCACCGUAUUCUGGUAUUUCCCAAAUCAUGUUCAACACUGCUGCUUCUGGCAAGUGUUCAUUGUGGUCUGAGAAUAAAUGAUCCUAGACCAUAGACCUCACUCCUUGGACAUUGUUAAUUAAUGUUAGUGCUUUAAUGAAGCUUAAGAAAGUUUUGAAUCAAGAAAACACUUUUUUCUAAACACAUUUUGAAGAAACUUCAGAAAAGUUUUGUUUUAUAUAUCUUUCUUUGACUUCAAAUAAUAUAACCAGGAAUGCUUUGAAAAAGAUGCUUUAGGUUUUUUGUUUUAACCCUAAGGAAAAUUUAUGCCACUUUAAAUGAAUUAGUAUCUACUUUAAAGUUCAUUAGUAUGUCUUAGUGAAUUUUAUCACCUAAAACAUUCAAAACAGUAAAAUUGUUUCACUAAUUUUUUUAAGUAUUAUUUUUAAGAUCUGCACCUAUGGGUAUCACAUCAUGCUGCAAUCUGUUGAAGAUGGUCCAGAUUCUUUAUAGAGGGUAAUUAAUACUUGUGAACAAUCCUUGGUAAUACUUUUAUCUAAAUGCUUUAAGAAAUUGAAUCAUGAUGAAUUGAUGCUCACAGCAUUUUUAUAUAAGCUUGUUAGAAAUUAUAUGAAAAACAUUUCAGUUAAACCCAAGAAAAAUGUGCUAUUUAGUAUAGAUUUUGCAAGACUCCUACAUUCUGUUACAAGCAGAGCAUUACAUAGUACUUUUUGCUUUGCUUUGUUUUGCAAAUCAGUUGUUUUCAUGAACAAAGUUUCUUUAAAAAUUCCUGGGUAAACUGUCUGUUAUCAGAGAGAAAAGAGUAAAGCUAAAUCACUUUACAUUUCUCUAAAUACAGUUCAAUUUUUAAUUCAAAGUGUGUGAAUCAGCAUGAUGGAUUAUAAGCCAUUUAUCAUUUUUAAACAUUCCAUUGAAUGAGUAUAUCAUGCAAAUGCUAAUUCCAUCUUACUUGUUCAGUUGUUUAUUACUUCGCUGACCUUUUCUUUUGGAAAAACAAACUUUAGUAUUUUUCAUACAUCUCCACUUUGAAAUAUUUUAAAUAAUACAAAAAAUGACUAGCACUGGGAUCACUGUCCCAAGGUCCAAUGUCAGGUUUUUUCUUGUCCUUAUGAGGUGAUAGGAUGAUAAUUUUUAUAGUUGUGAUUUUGCAGGUCAGUAUUUCAUUUUUGCUUUCUUAAUGGAUAUGCAUGAGAGAGACUGACCUCUGCUUCAUCUCCCUCCUUGUGUCUGUCUCUCUCUCGGUCUAAGGGAGUUGGAACAUUGCUGCUGAAUAAUUUUUCAUGAAAAAGCCAAGUGUUGGUAUGAUAUGUAACUGUCAUCUAUAAGCAGGGCUUCACUACAGGUCAAGCAGUUAUAUGAAGAGCUGGCUUUUAAAACUGUUUGAAGAGUACUGGAUUUCAAUAUACAAAGGAUGAUUUUUUUUCACUUUGCAUAGGAGAAGAUCUAAAAUGGUCAAAUUUUAUUUUUGUGCCUGCUAAGUGGCAAUGUAAGGCAUUUUUUGUACUUUUAACAGUAAGAAAAACUAGGAAAAGAAUCUCAGAGAAAUUUAGCUGUAUUUCUAAAAGUAAUAAAAUUCAGUCAGCUGUCUUUCUUUAGGAAAAUGCUAUUAGUGUAUACUUUGAGUUGGUGGUGGCUUUUAUUUAAAGAUCUCCACGAUAUCUGUAGCAAAAGUAGACAAUGUCUUUCUGACCUUGGAUGGAGUACAUGUUUUCACAAAAUACCUUGAGCAUAAAACAUUUACAAAAAGAAUUGUGGGCUAAAAUACUCAAAAUACUUUGAAAAUCAGUUAAAAUGUUGAUGACUGGCUCUUUUUCCUACAUGUGUAAUUCAACAGAGAAUACUUUAUUCUCAUAGCCGUAACUGCUUUGUCUGUGAUGAAAUCUCUAUUGCUUCUGUGCUGUGCUCAAGAAAAAACCAGCAAAAGAAUCAUGGGUUUGUUCCUUCACAGAACUGCCCAAAGCUCUCUGAUGAGCCAGGGUGAUAUGAAUGUGUAAUACUGACUUCUUGAAGAUAACCAUGAGAACAUUUUAAUGUUACUUGCCUUAUACAUUAGAAAAAACCGUGGGUAUCAUUUUUUGUAAAUAAUGAUUUUUACAAAUGUUUUUUCCUUCAUAAUUUUCCCAAUCACCCAUUUCACAAAAUUCUGAAUAUGCAAUUAUUUAUCAUGGCACACUACUGCACCUAGGGUUCCCAUUUCAGGACAAAGUUUAAUUAUAUGUGAGAACAAAAUCAAAUAUCUCAGUAAAUUGUUAUUUCAAUGUAAUUUUUC